UAAAGUCUGACAGACACUCACAGAGACAGAGCUAACCGGACCUCACCUACAUCACCAUGUCCCAGCAGAGACGACCAGUGGGUGGGAAGGCUGAGGUGAACCGGGCAGUGGUGGUGUCCGUGGCCGAGUUUUACCCCGGGGUGAAAAUGGGGAACAGGGCCGGAGCGAAGAGGGACGCCAAGAGGCUCCACGGUACCCUCAGCAGGCGGGGUUUUAAGGUGGAAUUGCACAGCGACCUCAGCGGCGCCGAAAUCUACGAGCUGUUUGAGAAAGAGAGCAGGCGGCCUGUGAAGGACUGCUUCCUGGCUGUCUUGUCGUCUCACGGGGAGGAGGACUGCGUGUUCGGAGCUGACGGGAAACCCGUCCGGCUGUCUCGAAUCUUUGCAUAUUUUGACAACGAGUGCAUGGAGAAAAAGGCCAAAGUGUUCCUCAUACAGGCGUGUCGGGGAGACGCUCUGGAUGAUGGAGUUGAGGUGGACUCGGCUGGUGACGCCACUGACUGCAGCUUCUCACUCCACCUCUCUGUUCCUGUAGAUACAGCUGUGAUGUAUGCCACGCCCCCAGGUUACGGAGCCUUCAUGAGCCUGCAUGGAUCUGUCUUCCUGCAGACGUUCUGCACGUUGUUGGAGGACGAGGCCCAUCAGAAACUAGAGCUGACUCGCCUGAUGACCCGCCUCUCCCACAGGGUGGCCUACACCUUCCAGGCCAAAGGUCGUGAGCUGGGUGGGAAGAAAGAGAUGCCAUGCUUCCUGACACGACUGACCAGAGAGGUGUUCCUGUCCUCAGAACCGGAGAGAGACGGAAAAGCAGCGGGAAUCUCAGCCAUGUUACUGGUCGGCACUGAGAGCACCAGAACGCGGACACCUUCCAUCAGUUAGAACAAAUCAUGGCAGAGCGCAUGGAGGAAUGGAAAUGAUCUUGUUUUUGUGUGACGUCGUUCUGAAACUGUGUGAAGAAAAUGUUUCGCAUGUCCUGUACAUACAUCCAUGUAUACACUUCAUUAUUUAUCUGCAAAUACACAAUGUUUGAUACAA